AUGGGAUGCAGUGCAAUUAAGCUUCCUCCUGUUACGCAGGAGUCAAUUUAUGAAUUUUCGAUGCAAGACAUUGAAGGUAAUACUGUAGAGUUAUCUAAAUACCAAGGAAAAGUCAUGAUUAUAGCCAAUGUGGCUUCAGGUUGUGGCCUUACAAAACGAACUUAUUGUGAAUUAAAUGAGCUGUACAGUAAAUAUAAAGGAAAAGGGUUAGCAAUUCUAGCUUUUCCUUGUAAUCAGUUUUUUUGUGGCGAGCCUGGGGGUAGAGAAGAUAUAAAAUGCUGUCUGAGAAACAGCUUAAGGAUUGAUUUUGAUAUUUUUGAAAAAACUGAGGUCAAUGGCAAGAAUGCAUGCCAGAUGUUUCGAUUUUUAAGAGACAAAAGCUCAUUAAAAGGAAAAAACAUAGGAUGGAAUUUUGGAAAAUUUGUUAUAGAUAGGCAUGGAAAUAUUCACAGUUAUCACGGACCUAGAAAAAUGCCUUUGAGCUUUGAGAACGAAAUUAUUAAGCUAUUAGAUGAACAAAAUUAA